GGGACGCUGAGAAUGCAUUCAGCUAGUGCAUGCUCAGGGAAAACGACUGCAGAACAAAGCCACAACAAUUUACGCCGCCUAACACGCCUGCAAGCGAUUGUAAGUAAGUUUCUUUCCUUUUUUUAUGAACACAGAAUGAGCAACAAAGACGACAUCACAAAGUGUUCCCCUGCCCCGAUCUCCAGCUUUACGAUACAGUCCAUACUUGGGACAUCGUCGGAGGAAGAACGCACAGGUUGCAAUGACAAUGCAAAGGUAAAUACCAGGAAGCGCUGUUUGUCCGACUCCUCGGACGAAGAGUUAAUCGAGGAAGGAUACAAAGACCUCGCCUGCUUCUGUUCCGACGCUGGCCCCGCAGAGCCCUGUCGCAGACACCAGACUAUCAGCUACACUUGUGUGAGUAAUACUAAAGGAGUUGGCACCGCUGGGCAGGAAAGUGCGGAGAGAAGGCAGCAGCAGUACCUGUCGCAAGAUGGUCAGGUUUACAAAGAAGAAAAAGAGAAAAAUUGCAUGCAGACAUCAACAGACAGACAACGAGAGGGAGACAGACAAGGGAAUCCGACCAAGAAGAAGACUCGCACGGUUUUCUCUCGCAGCCAAGUUUACCAACUAGAAUCCACCUUCGACAUGAAGCGUUACCUUAGCAGCUCGGAAAGAGCCUGCCUCGCCACCAGCCUCCAGCUCACAGAGACGCAGGUCAAAACCUGGUUCCAGAACCGCAGGAACAAGUGGAAGCGACAGCUCUCAGCAGAACUCGAAGCAGCCAACAUGGCCCACGCGUCAGCGCAGACUCUGGUCGGAAUGCCACUCGUUUUCAGAGACAAUUCUCUUUUGAGGGUUCCAGUCCCCAGAUCAAUUGCAUUCCCAGCUCCUUUGUACUACCCAGGCAACAAUCUUACAGCUCUUCCCUUCUACAAUCUCUACAACAAAAUCGAAUACUGACAUUUUCUGCUCCACGUAUCUUUAUAACUGUUUAACAAUUAAAUUGUAUAUUUAUAUAAUAUCCGUAUCUGUUUAAAAUAUAUCUUUCUUAUAUGCAGCCACUUGCAUAAUUAUAAAGACAAUGUGCUUCUCUAUAAAUUGUAUUAAAUAUACAGUGCAUAUAUGGAUUAUUUGCAGUUUUUAUUUGAAAAUGAGACACUUAAAAUUGCAGACGGGCGCAUUAUGAUAAAAAUGUUAAUAUGAAUAUACCGAUCAGAAUAUGAAAAACACACAUGAAGAAAACAUGACAGUACGGAUUUUAAGAACAUUUCUUCGUGUCUGACAGGAAACCAUCCGAUAUCCUUCCGAUCUGAUGGUAUUAAUGGACUUUCCUGAUAGGAAUUCAUUUUGAGAUAAUAGCAUUUUUGACAAGGGGCAAUUAAUAAGCAACAAUGACACGGGAGAAGAAGUAUACAUGCAUUUGUUUUUUUUACACACUGAGAGUUACUUGUUCACUCGCCGAAAAAAUCUGACAUAAUGUUAUUUACGACAGGAAACUCGGACAAAUGUUUACUAAUGGUCAGAUACAAUUAAGGAUGCAAUGUAUUAAUACAUUGAAAAUGUGAAACAGAGAAAACAUAUUAGAAUGUUGUGUGCACGGUUACCAGAACGUUGUAUUCACAAAGUAACCUGCAUGUUUCUCAGCUGACCCCGAAAGUUCCUGAGCGACAGAUGAUAGUUCCGAAUUUUCACAACCAGUACUUUCCAAUCUUAUAACUUUUAUGAUGAAAUUAACAUAAAAAACUGAAACAUUGAAGUAAUAAUGCAGUAACGACGUACAAGAAUGGAUACUUCAGAUAAUUUGCUUACUUUUAAAUUCAGUACCUUUAAUAUCAGGAUUAAGUUUAAGUUAGAAUGUUCGGAAUAAUACAUUGGGUAAAGGUAAGAUUAAUUUAGGAUGUUCACUUAAAAUUUUGAGAGGCAAUGUUUGCUAAUUUAAAUAAUUAAUAAAGGCAUCUUUUCGCUCUAUUAAACUCAGUUUCAAAAAUGUUAAACCGUAUUUCAUUAUUCACGGCAACGGAAUGACAGUCUUAAAUAAUGGAAAAGAGCAAAGAUUGAAUUUUUGAACUAACUAUGGCGUGACAGAAAAUUACAUUUAUCAUAGACAAAUUCGCGUUGCGCGUCUCUUAAAAUUUAAAUUUAAUAUAUUUAUUAUAAUAAUUUAGACACAUUAAUACAUUUUGGAUGCAACAAAUAAUUAAGAAAAUGUGGAGGAGUAAUUUUCACGUGGUUUAUGUGUAUUAUUAUGUAUUAUUACAGUCAUGCACCACAUAUAUUCACAUUUCUCCUUGGUGAAAAUAGGUAUUUUACUUUACUGAUAAGUUUCUAAAAUGAAUAAUUAUUAUUUUCAACAAUUGUUGAAAUUGCUAAUCAACAUAUGAUUCGUUAAUGUGAUGCUCAGGCCAGUUUGAAACUCCACACCUUUUUGCAAGAAAUCUAUUCUCUAUCAGCAUAAAACAAAUUACGAUAAUAUUUAUCGUUUAUCAUUUAAUUACCCGUUCUUAAGAUUGUAGGAGCAUGUUCUCCAAAGAUCAUUG